UAGCGUUGAGCUCAGGCCCUUAUACUUCCAAUGGCGACCGAAAACUGGCCGAACAGAAAGCGGGAGCAGUCGUGGAGGGGUUUGAAGCGUACAAUCGACAUUAAAUGAUUAUUUAAUUCACAAACUACACAUAAAGUUCGUAUACGCAAAUCGUUUCAAUUAAGCUAUGGCCGAUACUGCAGCCAGAAAUGGGAGUAUUUCACCCCUUGAAUCGGAGUUGUAUUACUUGAUAUCUCGCUUUUUGAGCACGGGGCCGUGUCGAAAAGCUGCCGAGGCACUUGUGUGUGAGCUGGAGGAAAAUCAGCUGCUUCCACGUCGAUUGGAUUGGGAAGGAAAUGAGCACCCGCGAUCUUAUACAGAUUUGGUUGCUGCCAACAGACAUAUCGCCCCAGACCACUUGCUGCAGAUAUGCAAGCAGAUUGGGCCGAUUCUGGACCGAGAGGUUCCGUCUGGUGUGCUGGGAGUGCACUCUUUACUGGGGGCUGGGAAGCACUCUUUACUGCGAACAUCAAAAGACUGUGGCAGUUGUAGAUGGAAAGCCUCGACUUUUGCUGCCCUUCACAGAGGGAGACCACCAGAGAGGCCUUUAAGCUGCAGGGAUGCCCCAAAUAUAGUGGAGGUGUGCCGAGGCAGAGAGCUCACCGGAGCUCAGAGCUUCAGUUCUGUGAACCCCGUCAGCAAUUAUCAACACAUGAGGAUGCACAGGAGGAUUCUGGGCCAUCUCUCUGCCGUGUACUGUAUCGCCUUUGAUCAGACAGGUUCCAGGAUAUUUACGGGUUCAGAUGAUGCCUUGGUGAAGAUAUGGUCCUCUUUCGAUGGGAGGCUUCACUCCACUCUCAGAGGACAUCAUGCUGAGAUAUCAGACCUUGCCGUUAACUUUGAAAAUACCCUUAUCGCGGCCGGGAGCUGCGACAAAACCAUUAGAGUCUGGUGCCUUCGUACCUGUGCCCCGGUGGCAGUCCUCCAGGGCCACAGUGGAUCUAUUACCUCUUUACAGUUCUCUCCAUUUGUCAAGGGCUCCAAAAGGUACAUGGUCUCCACUGGAACUGAUGCAACAGUGUGUUUCUGGCAGUGGGAUGUGAAUAAUAAUGGUUUCAGUGAUCGUCUGCACAAAUUCACAGAGAAGCCAAGACCGGGUGUUCAAACUGUAUGCUCGUCCUUCAGCCCUGGUGGAAUGUUCCUUGCAACAGGAAGUACUGAUGAUGUCAUCAGGAUAUACUACCUGGGCAGUGGCAGUCCAGAAAAACUAGCCGAGCUUGACUCUCACACAGACAAGGUGGACAGUAUCCAGUUCUGCCAUUCAGGAGAGAGGUUUGUGAGUGGCAGUCGAGAUGGCACUGCUCGUAUUUGGCGUCUGCAUCAGAGACAUCAGUGGAACAGUAUUUUAUUGGAGAUGUCUGCCACUCUUCCAGGGUCUACACCUUUAACAGAGGACGAAAGUUUCUUUAAACCCAAAGUCACCAUGGUUUCCUGGGAUCGCCACGACAACACCGUCAUUACGGCUGUCAACAAUCAUCUCCUCAAAGUGUGGAAUUCCUACACAGGACAGUUGCUUCACAUCCUAAAAGGUCAUGAGGCGGAGGUGUUUGUUUUGGAGCCACACCCCUAUGACCCCCGAGUCAUGCUUUCUGCUGGCCAUGAUGGAAAUGUCUUCAUAUGGGACCUCAUUAGUGGCACCAAAACUCUGCAUUACUUUAAUAUGAUUGAAGGUCAAGGACAUGGUGCCGUGUUUGACUGUAAGUUCACACCUGAUGGUCAUCGCUUUGCCUGCACAGACUCUCAUGGACAUCUGGUUAUUUUUGGCUUUGGGAGCUCCAAGCCUUAUGAAAAGCUUCCAGACCAGGUCUUCUUCCACACAGACUACCGGCCACUGAUCCGGGACUCAAACGGGUUUGUUCUGGAUGAGCAGACUCAGCAGGCCCCUCACCUCAUGCCUCCUCCCUUCCUGGUGGAUGUGGACGGCAACCCUCAUCCUCCCAGAUACCAAAGACUGGUCCCAGGAAGAGAAAACAUUGCAGACGAACACCUUGUUCCUCAACUGGGCUACGUCGCUACAAGUGAUGGUGAGGUGGUGGAGCAGGUGAUCAGUCAGCAGCCCAUGGAGAGUGAGGAGCCUCAACACAGCGCCCUGGACUAUGCCAUCCGCCAGCUUCGGGAACAUCAGGACAGACAGGCUGCACCUCAGGUGGAGGGUGUUGUUCCUGCCCCUGCUCAUGUGCCAGAGCCCGGAACACCACGCAGAGUGUCAUUGAACGAGCGCAUGGAGGUACAGUCUCCUCCUAACGUGGGUUUACGGCGAAGUGGACAGGUUGAGGGAGUGCGGCAGAUGCAUCAGAACGCUCCUCGCAGUCAGAUGGCCACAGAAAGAGACCUUCAGGCCUGGAGACGCCGAGUGGUCGUGCCGGAGCUUACAGUGAGCAAAUACAGGGCACAGGAGUCAUUCAGAUCAGCCAAGGGUGAUGAGGAAGUUACCCUUUACAUCACAAAGAAACGGAGAGUGACCCACGCAAGCUUCAGGGAUGAUUCGGAUGAAGAAGGGCCAUAUGUCAAACGUUCACAGUCACGCAAACGACACAAAAACUCUGCACGUAAAGAGAGUCUGGCUGAAGAGUACAUAGAGUUCUCAUGUGAGGAGGGGGAGGAGACAGCAUCUUCUGAGGACAAUGAAAUGGAGGGAAGUGAUGCUGAUUCAUCUGUUGAGGAUGAAGAGGAAUGGAACAGUGAUAGUUCAAGCCACUCCUCCAGUGAUUAUUCUGAUUGGACGGCAGACGCUGGUAUCCGUGUGCGGCCACCAGUGUCUCCUUCCUCCCGAAGGCGUGCUAGGCGCAGGAUCAGCAGCUCUGAGGAAGAGGAGGAAGAUGAUGCAGCAGAUGAGGAGCAAACUCUUGAUGAAGAAGAGCAAAUGUCUUCACCACAAAAGCACAAGAAGUCCAUAAGCAAAACACCCAAGCGCCCAAAACCGAGGCCAUCCAUUAACAGGGAGAUCUCGAAUGAGUUCCGUCCCUCAGCCUGGGUCACUGAUGCCAUUCCUAGAAAGUCUCCCUUUGUCCCUCAAAUGGGAGAUGAGGUUAUCUAUUUUCGUCAGGGUCAUGAGGCAUAUGUGGAUGCGGUCUGUAGGAAUAACCUGUACCCCAUUAACUUAGACAAACAGCCAUGGAAGAAGAUGGAGUUAAGAGACCAAGAGUUUGUGAAAAUAACAGGGAUCAAGUAUGAAGUUUGCCCUCCAACCUUGUGUUGUUUGAAACUGACACAGAUUGACCCAGGAACAGGCAAAAUGACAGACAAAUCCUUCUCAAUAAAAUAUCAUGAUAUGCCAGAUGUAAUUGAUUUCCUGGUGCUGCGUCAAAGUUAUGACGAGGCACGGAACAGAGUGUGGAGGCCGAAUGACCGGUUUCGCUCUGUGAUUGAUGACGCCUGGUGGUUUGGGACCAUAGUUUGUCAGGAGCCCUAUCAGCUUGAGUAUCCAGACAGCCAUUUUCAGUGCUUUAAAGUCAAGUGGGACAAUGGUGAGACAGAGAAGCUGAGUCCAUGGGAUGUUGAAGCUAUUCCUGAAAAUGCUCAACAGCCGGAGUCAGAGGGUGCGGGGGUGCCAGUGACUGAUGAGGAGAUUAUUGAAAUCCUGUAUAAACCUCAGGGGGCUGACUGGGGCGAUCGGGGACGAGAGGCAGAGAGUGCACGCAUCAUCGCAGGCAUUGAACAGCUCAUCACUGUCGAUAUCACUGCACCUUUCUCUGGUCCAGUGGACCUUGUUCAGUAUCCUACAUACUGUGCCAUCAUUGCAUAUCCUACAGACCUGAACACCAUCAAAAUGCGGCUAAAGCACAACUUCUACAGGAGGCUGUCUGCGCUGAUCUGGGAUGUAAAACACAUUGAACAAAAUGCCAAGACCUUCAAUGAGCCCCGCAGCAAGAUUGCACAAUCUGCCAAAAUCAUAACAAAUGUUCUCUUGAAGUUUAUAAGUAAACCUCAUUGUACGGAUAUUAUGGAGAUCUACAGUGCUGUAGAAAACAUGGAGUACUCUGAUGAUGAGGACCUGGAUGACAUUAAUGCACCUGGAACCUCUGCAGGUCAAAGACUUCAUCAGCCUUCACUGGAGGUUGUGCAUGACAGGGACGCAUGGAAGGACCACUGCAAGCAUCUGUUGGACUACAUGUUUGAGUGUGAGGACUCUGAGCCUUUCCGGAAUGCUGUAAAUCAAAACGAAUAUCCGGACUAUUUGGAUAUUAUCGAUACGCCCAUGGACCUUGAAACUGUUCGGCAGAAUCUUGAAGACGACCGCUAUGAAAAUCCCACUGACCUUUGCAAGGACACCAGGCUAAUUUUUGUCAAUGCAAAAGCCUACACACCCAACAAACGGUCAAAGAUUUAUAGUAUGACUUUGCGACUCUCAGCAUUUUUUGAGGAGAGUAUACGAAAAAUAAUUUCUGACUACAAGUCUGCUGUCAAAAGUAGCUUAAAGCUGCGGCGCAGUCAGCGAUUCAAAAAGUUGCAGCAUCAAGAGUCGGCUUCCUCCAGCCAAGAGUCCACACGUCAAAAGAGGGCUGCUGUUAAAACUCAGGAAAAUACAGAACAUUCUACAACUAAAUCUACCUCGGCCAAAGUGUCUGCACCAAAGCGCCGCAGGGGCAAUGAAUCCAAGAAUGGCUUCAGACAAAACAGCUCAUCUUCAUCUGGGUCUGAUCAUGACAGCAAGCACUCUUUGAGUGAGUCUGAAGAGGACAGGCUACCAUCACCCUCGUCUCGCAGCUUCAGGCGAGAGACUAGAGCUACAAGAAGAGCUGCACAAAAUAAAGGAGAAAAACUCGGACACAAGAGCCAUGUCAAGGUGAAUGGGCACAGCAGAUCGUCAGCCCAAGAGCUUCAGAGAGCACGACCCCACAGCGACUCUGAACAGGAGCCAUCGCAAGGCUCAGAGGCCUCCGACAUAGAUUCGUCAUCAACUUUCAGUCGCCGGCCAAGGGCUCGCAAGACUGCCAUGGCAGCAGUCAAUAAGAUAAAACUCAUGGAAACCCUGGAGGACGAGGAUGGCUCUGAUGAGGAGGGUCGUAGAAGCACCAAACGAAACUUGACCCCUGCUACCAAACGCACCGCUAUCCUCCAGAGCAGUUCUGAUUCGGAGCAACAGGACACUUCACAGGAGGAAUCAAAUGAAAGUGAUGCUUCAGCCAGUGAAAAAGAGAAAAGUGAUGUCAGUGCUGCCAGUGACUUCUCCUCUCAUGGCAAAGACAAGAGUAAAAGAGCUGGCCGUAAAUCUUGUAGAAUAGCAGAAAAAAAGGAAAGCCAUGCCAAGGUGAAUGGGCACAGCAGAUCGUCAGCCCAAGAGCUUCAGAGAGCACGACCCCGCAGCGACUCUGAACAGGAGCCAUCGCAAGGCUCAGAGGCCUCCGACAUAGAUUCGUCAUCAUCUUUCAGUCGCCGGCCAAGGGCUCGCAAGACUGCCAUGGCAGCAGUCAAUAAGAUAAAACUCAUGGAAACCCUGGAGGACGAGGACGGCUCUGAUGAGGAGGGUCGUAGAAGCACCAUACGAAACGUGACCCCUGCUAGCAAACGCAGCGCUAUCCUCCAGAGCAGUUCUGAUUCAGAGCAACAGGACACUUCACAGGAGGAAUCAAAUGAAAGUGAUGCUUCAGCCAGUGAAAAAGAGAAAAGUGAUGUCAGUGCUGCCAGUGACUUCUCUCAUGGCAAAGACAAGAGUAAAAGAGCUGGCCGUAAAUCAUAUAGAAGAGCAGAAAAAAAGGAGAGCCAUGUCAAGGUGAAUGGGCACAGCAGAUCGUCAGCCCAAGAGCUUCAGAGAGCACGACCCCGCAGCGACUCUGAACAGGAGCCAUCGCAAGGCUCAGAGGCCUCCGACAUAGAUUCGUCAUCAUCUUUCAGUCGCCGGCCAAGGGCCCGCAAGACUGCCAUGGCAGCAGUCAAUAAGAUAAAACUCAUGGAAACCCUGGAGGACGAGGACGGCUCUGAUGAGGAGGGUCGUAGAAGCACCAUACGAAACUUGACCCCUGCUAGCAAACGCAGCGCUAUCCUCCAGAGCAGUUCCAAUUCAGAGCAACAGGACACUUCACAGGAGGAAUCAAAUGAAAGUGAUGCUUCAGCCAGUGAAGAAGAGAAAAGUGAUGUCAGUGCUGCCAGUGACUUCUCCUCUCAUGGCAAAGACAAGAGUAAAAGAGUUGGCCGUAAAUCAUAUAGAAGAGCAGAAAAAAAGGAAACCUGUUACAUUAAUGGACACAGCAACAUAUGCCAACGUGAAAAAAGCGAGUACAACUCAGAUAAUGGGCAGAGUCUGAAUGAAAGUUUGGAUGAAGAGUCGGACAAAGACCUCAUUGUCAGGCGAAAACCCACCAGGAUAACAGCGAAAGCCGCUUUCAGUAAAUUAAAAAAACUGAAUCACAGCGAUGCAGAGGAAAAAAAUUGCUCCAGGGAGCGACAUCAGAAACAUCGGCCAAGCAAGCAGGAUUCCGAAAGAAGUUCUUAUGACGAUGCUGAGGUGCCAAAUGCACAAAAGCACCCUCAUCAAAAUGGAAAGAAGGUGGAUGUGAAAGAACUGAAGAGUAAAUUGCCACCAGCAAACCAAGAACAAGCUUCUGCCUCAAAACUGCAAGUCAUCCACAAGAAAACCUCAGCCACAGAUGUAUUGACGACAACAACCCAGGAAUCUGAGGAACUUAGCGAUGUUCCAGAGAAAUCUGUUAUACACAGGAAGAGAAUUAAAUCCGAAGAUGAUAAUGAAGAGAAGCAAGGAGAUAUUGCAGAAGAAAGAAGUGCAUGCAGAAACAGAAAGUGGGCACUGAACUCUCGAAAGAAGAUGCAGGAUGCAAGGUCAGAUGCUUCUAGUUCAGAGAGCUUAGAGAAGUUAGACAGACAUCAGAGAAAAAAAGACUGUACUUCCUCCGAUGACUGGCAACAGAGCGAUGACUCAGAACAACACAAGAAAACAUAUCUAAGAAAAAGGCCUUGCCUUACAGCUGCAUCCAAAAGAGUCUGUCUCAGAGCUCUUCCCAAGAAAAACUACAUCAUGGAGGACUCAGAUGAAGACUUCAAUUCAGAAAUGGAAAUGCAGUCAAAGAAUGGAAAGAGCAAGGAGCAGGCCAACUCCCGUGAAAAAGAACCAUCAGGGUACUCUUUCAAACGGAAACACAUCAGCACCUCAGAUUCUGAACAAGACAAAAGUAGGACCAGUGAUGAAAAUGAGCGCAUGGAACCUAAACGAAAGAGUUCAAAAUCCUCCAAGUAUUUGAAGAAUGAUUCAAUAGACUCCGAAGCCAACUUCAAAACCAGGGGCAAAACGGAGAAUGGUCCGUCACACAGCAAACGAGAGAGAUGGUCAGAGGAGAAGCCUCUCAAAUCGACCCGCCAACAACAAGUGUGUUGUGACCCUAAACGGAAGAAAAGUGAAAGCUUCAGCAGCAAUGAUGUAAGCAGCUGUGAGAGUGAAGAGAAGGCGUCGGAAGAGUCCAAAUUGGAUCACAGCUCAGGUUCAAAAAGCAGUCCAAAGAGAAGUCUAAGAGACCGCUCGAGAAAACGCCGGAGAGCUGUUUCUGACAACGAUAGUGACGCAUCAUUUGGGAAACCUCCACGGGCCACGCGCAUCCGGACCAGAAAUGGAGGCAAGCGGACUGUCAAUUACCAAGACAGUGAAUGAAGGACUUGGAAGAGACACUAACUGGAGACCUUGAAGACACUUGAUUGUCCCAAAAUAAUACAUGGUAGAAGCACUGGAGUCCUCGAUAUACUGUGAAUCAGUUUCAUUCAGGGAUAUUUAUAUUUUCUAUGAAAAAAAACAAAAAACAAAAAAAAAAACAAAUGAUUUAUAAAUAAGAUGUAUUUGAUGUACUGGUUUGGCUGUCCAAACCAGCCCCACUCUGUGAUUCGGCCAACAGGAAACUACAUAGAGAAGCUUGGGUGCUAUCUUAAUAUACCUCCUGUAAAUCAAGCAUAUUUUGCGGGCUUGCACUAAAAGGCAUACUGUAAUGACAUUUUAUACACUAGUUCUGCAUUAAAAACUCAGGGGUCAACUGUGUUUAUAUUCUCAGACUUGCUUUUUUUUGAGUUGUAGGUUUCUAGUGAGCAUUUAAGUCCAAACACACUUUAGGAAAAUGAGCAAGUUAUCUUUGACUCUGACACUUGAAUUCUGUUUUGUCACUGUUGAAGGGAUGUUUGAGCCAAAAUUUACAAAGUUUCCUUUUCCUGUCAUCUUUUUAUUAGGUUCCCAUUUGUUUGAUAGUAAUAAUGUUUUUCUUUGACAUCUUUCCAGAGGUUUCAGAAUCAGUUUGUAGCAAAGCAUUGUAUAUUUAAACUUCUCUUUGUCAAGCAUUACUUUUUUUUGUAUUCAAUUUAAAUGCAUUGUCAUGCCAAGUACUAUGAAUUGGUACCUGUUUGCUAAGUACAGUAAAUCAGAUUAGUACUUGCAGCAAAGUACUGUGAUUUCUCAUAUUGGGAAGAAAUUUUAGUGGUCUGUGUUGCAUACUUUAGUAUUAAUUCCUUUUCAGAUUUAACUUAUGAACAGCAAUUAACUUUUGUAUCCAGUCUUUGAAUUGUGCAUCACAGUUUAUGUAAUACAGUUGUCAAAUGGCAUUUUUGCUUAAUGUCUUUUUCAUAAGAGCUUAUACUUUAAUACAAGUUUUCACUGAAGACGUUAAGCCUGUUGGCCACUGAAGUGAGAGAGGGAUGACUUCUUUGAAUAAAGUACUGUUGCAGGUUGGAAUGUGUUUUUUUUUUUUUUUGGUUUUUUUUUUUAAAGCUAAUUUUCAAUCAGCAGACUUGCUAAAAAAAAAUAGCAAGUCUGUAAAUGUUGUAAAAAAAAAAAGUUCAGCAUAUCAGACAUUUGAUGCAUUUAAAACUAGCUACUUUUCAUGUAUUGGUUAGCUUUAUGUAAGAAUAUAAUCAAGCAGAUUUUUAAAUGUGGUAUGUCUGUAUCACCAUUUGAAACAGAAGAUUAUAAUUAGGGUUGUCACAUUUGAAGUUUUAAAAUAA